AUGAUUUAAAUCCAAAAGUAUAAGUGCAUAGAAGCUUUUUCAAACUCUCAGUUCUCUUCCUAAAAAGGUCUCCUUUUAGAUUUUAUAUGGAUUGGUGAUGAAGGUUCUUCUGAUUUGGGAAAAUAUUUGACACAAUGUGAAAAUUUAGAAGUUUUAUAGCUUUAUUUAUAAAAAAACCAAAUAACUCAAAAAGGAAUAGAUGACCUAUCUAAAGGAAUUGGUUCGUGCAAAAAUUUGAAUAAUUUAUUAAUAGAUUUAAGAAGCAAUUUCAUGGAAUCUGAAGGUAUUUCUUAUUUGUGGAAUGAGUUAGCUAAUUUAGAUAAAUUGAAAAAUCUUGAGAUUUAUUUCAGUAAAAAUGGAAAUUUAGAUUCAGGAUUGAUUGAUUUUGCAAAAGGAAUUAAGUCUAGUCUAAAUCUUAAAAAUCUUUUUAUUUAUCUUUAAGAUAAUAAUAUUGGAGACAUAGGGGCUUAAGGCCUUGGUUAGGGGUUUAAGUAAUGUUAAAACCUAGAAAAAUUAGUAGUUGAACUAUCAGAUAACAAUAUAAGUAAUGAAGGAGUUGCAAAGUUAAUUAAAGGAAUAGCAAAAGCAGAACAUUUAUAAAAUUUAUCUUUGUUUUUAUGCCAUAAUAAAAUUGGAGAUGAAGGAUUAAGCUCUAUAGGAUUGGCUUUAGGUGAAUGCAAACACAUAAAUAAAUUGACACUAGAUUUUUCUAUGAAUGAAAUUAGAAGUGAAGGUGUUACUGGUUUUAUUCAAGGAUUGAAGUAAAACAUAAAUAUAGAAUAUUUGUUACUUUAAUUAGGAAGCAAUAAUAUCGAUGAUGAAGGUUUAGUUUGCUUGGGAGAUGGACUACAACAAAUUGUUAAUCUUAAAAUAUUGAAAAUAAAAUUAUUCAACAAUUCUAUUAGUUACAAUUCCCUACUUUAAUUCUGUCGUCUAUUAUAAAAAUUUAGUAGCCUUAAUAUUAUAUCUUUAGCUAUAGACUUAUCAUUUUACGAAUAGCAGAUAGUUUUUAAUUUCCUCAAUAAAAUUAAAAAGUGUUCAAGAGUAGUUAAAUAUGAGCUUUCUUUAAAUUACCUAUGA